AGAUUUGCUUGGCGCCGCGACCUCAUGUGAGACACCUCCUGCGCGAGCCAGUCCGACGUUACCUCUGCAGAGGAAAACGCAAUGGAGCCCUGAACAUUUUUUUUACCCCAUUUCUAUCUCCUUUAACCCCCCCUGGAAAACGGCUCUCGCGUCCGAAUUUGGCUGCCUCUGCUAUUUAUUUGAAGCGUAACAGGGCGGUGCAACGAUGUGGAUCCAGGUUCGUACGAUAGACGGGAAGGAGACGCGAACCGUUGAGGAUCUUUCUCGAUUGACCAAAAUUGAGUCUUUACGGUUGAAAAUACAGGACAUCUUCAAUGUAACCCCACAGCAGCAGCGGUUGUUCUACAGAGGGAAGCAGAUGGAGGAUGGCCAGACACUGUUUGACUACAAUGUGGGUCUCAAUGACAUCGUGCAGCUGCUUAUUCGCUCUCAGACCGAUGCUCCAGACAGCCCCGCUACCAAGGACUCCUCCGGUGUUGCCUGUAGUUCAGCUCCUCCCCCAGACCCCAGUUCGGAUGGCCACAACUCCCCAGCUCCUCCCUCCCCCGCUGCUAUGGAAACCUCCACCAAUAUGGACAAUGACAGCAGCGGUGUCACUACCAGCACUGUUAAUGAAAUCAAGCCAGACACCAGCGCUACCAGUAACUCAGCCAGCACCAAAAAUGGGUUCAAGUCCUCCAGUCCAGCACGGGACAGCCAGCCCCCAACAUCCAGCAAAAAUGCACUAGCCGACCCAGGAAUUGGUGUGUACAAGAUUAACGAGCUGGUAGACUGCAGAGACGUCAGCAUCGGCGCCUGGUUCGAGGCCUGCAUUGAAAAUGUGACACGUGCUCCCAAAGGACAGAUUACGCCCACCAAGGGCAAGGUGGGCCGGCCCCCAAAAAGGACUAAUGGAAAGCUGGAGGCCGAGCAGGGACAGGCCUACGGACAAGGCCAAACCACAGACAGUAACAGGAAUAACGUUGUGUUAAACUCCGAGAGUAAUGGAGCCUCCACCUCUCAGACAGACUCUACAGCAGCUACAGAGACCAAGGAGAGAGAAGAGGACGUAAUUUACCACAUUAAAUAUGAGGAUUACCCAGAGAAUGGUGUGGUGGAGAUGCGACCGGUGGAUGUGCGGCCACGUGCCAGGACCCUGUUGCGGUGGGACCAGCUCCAGGUGGGCAUGCAGGUGUUGGUCAACUACAACAUGGAGACGCCAGAUGAGAGGGGCUUCUGGUUUGAUGCAGAGGUUCAGAACAUCAAUCAAACCUCCCGCACCAACAAGGAGCUCCGAGUGAAGAUUCUCUUGGGGGGUCCUGGAGAUAUAAUCGGAGAUUGUAAAGUUCAGUUUCUUGAUGAAAUCUACCAGGUGGAGAAGCCAGGAGCUCGUGCACUCUCAGCUGCAGAUGGACAAUUUAAACGGAAGAGCGGGCCGGAGUGUAAGCACUGCAAGGCCGACCCUGACACCGAGUGUCGCUUCUGCUCUUGCUGCGUGUGUGGGGGGAAGCAGGACGCUCACAUGCAGCUGCUGUGCGACGAGUGUAACAUGGCGUUCCACAUCUACUGCCUCAACCCGCCGUUGGCCACCAUCCCAGAUGACGAAGACUGGUACUGUCCCACCUGCAAGAACGACACCAGCGAGGUUGUUAAGGCAGGAGAGAAGCUCAAAGCCAGCAAGAAGAAAGCCAAGAUGCCUUCGGCAACAACAGAGAGUCAAAGGGACUGGGGAAAGGGUAUGGCCUGUGUGGGGCGUACUAAGGAGUGCACAAUUGUUCCUUCAAACCACUAUGGACCCAUACCUGGUGUCCCUGUUGGAACCACCUGGAAAUUCAGAGUUCAGGUGAGUGAGGCAGGUGUUCACAGGCCGCAUGUCGGUGGGAUCCAUGGGCGCAGUAACGACGGCUCCUAUUCGCUGGUGUUGGCUGGUGGCUUUGAGGAUGAAGUGGACCGGGGGGAUGAGUUCACCUACACAGGCAGCGGGGGUCGUGACCUCUCAGGAAACAAACGGAUUGGAGAGCACUCUUUUGACCAGACCCUGACACACAUGAACAGGGCAUUGGCCUUAAACUGCGAUGCGCCUCUGAAUGACAAAGACGGAGCAGAAUCAAAGAACUGGCGGGCAGGAAAGCCGGUGAGAGUGGUACGAAGCUCCAAAGGCCGACGCAUCAGCAAAUACGCUCCCGAGGAGGGAAACCGCUACGAUGGUAUUUACAAGGUGGUAAAGUACUGGCCAGAGAUCGGAAAGUGUGGUUACCUUGUGUGGCGGUACCUGUUGAGAAGGGAUGAUAUGGAACCAGCACCAUGGACACCUGAAGGAAUGGAGAGGAUCAAAAAACUGGGCCUUGCUGUUCAGCAGUACCCGCCAGGCUACUUGGCAGCGAUGGCUAACAAAACAAAGAAGGAGGCCUGCGCCAGACCAGGUCGUGGCGGCCGGAGUAAGCACUAUCCCGGGAGGGGGAGGCCACGGAGACGCAAGAUCAAGGUGAAGGAGGAUAAUGACGAGGAGGACGAGGAGGAGGAGCAUCUGAUGGCCAGCGUGGAUGAAGAAGAGCCACAGAGUAAUGGAGAGCAGAAGACAACCAGAGAGUCGUCACCAGUGGCAGAGCCUCCCUCCAAACGGGUGAAGAUAGAGGAGACCUUCCAGCUGUCAGAGCAGCAGCAGCAGCUGAUCCGAGAGGACACAGCCAACAAGAAACUCUGGGACGAAGCCAUGGGAAACCUUAAAGAGGGACCGAAUUUUCUGCGCAAGAUGGAGCAGAUCUUCAUGUGUGUGUGCUGCCAGGAGCUGGCCUUCCAACCCAUCACCACCGUCUGCUCACACAAUGUUUGCAAGACGUGUCUCCAGCGGUCGUUCCGAGCGCAGGUGUACACCUGCCCCGCCUGCCGCCACGACCUGGGCAAAGACUACAUGAUGACCCAGAACGUGACGCUUCAGAUGCUGCUCGACCAGUUCUUUCCCGGCUACAGCAAGGGCCGAUGAGGAGGUCGAAAUCACGUUUAUAAGUAGAAAACGUACAUACACGCACAUAAGCAUCCAUUCUGUGCACCCACGUAUACUGUCAAGUACCUAGAGCUCCACUUUAAAAACGCAUUGCGCACACAUACUGUACUUACCCACGGGCAAAUGUAUAUUGCAUAUACAGCCAUUUAUGUAUACAAUCAUUCAUACACAAACAACCUCAGUAGGGACUGACCUCAUCUGCUGAACUUGGACUGUCUCCAUUAACAUCACCAGCCUGAAAUUCAAAACCAAGGACAUUUUUUAACCUCCUUACUCCUGCCACACAAAGAUAAACGCACAAAAGGAGCCCCAAUUCAUACCCACGAGCCACCUCAAGAUAUUAGCUCAUUUUUUUUCGUUUGCCCCCCUUCACUGUGUUGUCCACUGGUUCCACAAAUUGACACACGGCACAUCCUUUGAGUGCAAAUUCCUCCCCGGCAAUAUCACAAAAAUCAUCCGUUAGACUCCUGCCAACCUGUACGCAUUUUGUGUACCAUGUUCUCAGUUUUACACCAAACCACUGAGCCGAGCUGCUUCAUACGUGUGCAGUUAGUAUUUUACUCAGCUGACAAAUAAAGGUGCUAGUUUAAUACGAUGUAGGCACAGCGGGACGGGCAUUUUCACAAGGUUACUGAAGACACACAGAUGAGAUAACACCUCCUGCAUAACAUUAAGGCACCCACAGAGUUGGCUUGUUGCAGCGAGGUAAAAUUAGAAAAGUCAAGAAUUAACAUGUAUUUAUAAAUGGAAAUGAAGCACACACAAAAUGCUUUAUGCCCUUGAAGCACUUUAUCAAUGACGUGCAGCAGACUUAUUCUGUAGGUUAAUCAGGACCAUGUGCUAGCAUCCUGCUAGCUGCUCACCUCACUUGGAAUAAUGCCUGUUAGCCUUGAGCUAAUACGAGUAGCUAAGAGAGUUAACUUUGAGUACAUUUGUAGAGAAAUUUUGGCAGCUGUGUCUGUUGUUUGUUGUUUUUUCUGAAGUGUCAGAAGACAUCUGAGCGGCAGCCUUAUGGUGAACAUAACUCUCUCCUUAGAUUUUAUGUGGAAUCAAAAGAAAAAAAGGCAUUUACUUUAUAAACAUACCAAAGACAAAAGGCUGUAGAGCAGGUUAAGGACAAAUACAUUUUAGAAAUCUGCUUUAAAAAACACAAUUUCUAGAGAGGAAUCACGCCUAAAAAAUAAGACACAUGAUAUACUUGUGAAGUAUAAAACUGCACCAAUUUAUCAUCUUUUUUUUAAGCAAGGCACUUUUUGUUUCAAUCCAAGCACCUAAAAAUAAAUUACAAGAUAAACAAACGUGUACUGCCAGUUGUAAAUCUCUUCCAUAAGUUGAGGUUCACUCGCUCUUUCAUGUUUCUUUAAUCAGAUGAACUCUAGAUGAGUACGUUCUGAUAUUUCCCUUUAAUCUGUCUCCCAGAGAAAUACUGUAAUGAUGCAGUGAAAAAAAAAUUAAAGAUUUUCAUGCAGCGUCCUGACAUGCUUAAAAAGCGUUAGGUGCACUGCCGGCAUAGAAGGGCGCGCUGUGGUUGUCCCUGGUGUUACUAAGCAACCACAAUCAAGCAGGUCUUCACACAAAGAUGGGUAGCAUUUAUUGGGCUCAGCAGAUAUUCAUCUGUUAUUGUUCUGUUGGUUUUUGUUAGACUUAUGUCAAUUUUCGCUGCAGAGCUCUGGGUAUCCAGCACAGUUUGGUUCUACUUCAUUGUAGAAAAGCAGUUUAAUGUGUGAGUUAUUUGUUGUCACAUUAAAUCCAGAAAAUGGAGAUGCGUCUGUCACAGUGAACUGGAAAAAAGUAGGCAGGUGUCUUCUCUUCCCUGACAAAGAGCUUUUCUAAUCAACAUUAUAGUGUCCCUCAGCUUCCGGUGGUGCGAAUCCACAUAGCCAUCAAAAUGUGCAUUGCUUCUCAAUAUACAGUACAUAAGCUAGAUAGAAAUGCACUGAGUCACUAGUAUGAUAUUGUCAUGUAUUCACUAGUUCAGACCAGCAGGAGAUGGAUAAGAGUGCCUUGUAGGACAAAAAAACUGUUAAGUACUGAAAGUUGGCAUUUGAUGCCCUGGUCAGUUUCCUGAUAUUGUUAUCUUGUUCUCUUCAACCAGAAAUUUUACCUUUAAAUUUACUGAUUUAAAAUGUUAGAUUUAGACCUUUUUUUUGAGGCAGACUCCUCAUAUGGCUGCUUCAGUCAAGACACUUGACACAAUUGUUGUAGAAAUAAGCUGAUAUUCCUUAAAAUAAAUUAUCAAAGUUGUUUAGUUCAGUGUUGGUAGGUUUUCAAGAGUGCGUAUGUGAGAGUUGAGUCAUUUUUAGACUAUUGAAUGUUUCAAUAGGUCAUGUUUCAGUACACUUGGCAUACAACAUGACAUUAAAUAUUCGUUUGAAAAACAUUUGUUUGUACCUGGUGAAGUGUGAGUCGCAAAAGUAGAGGAGUGAAACAGAUGGAUGUAGGUUAAUCAUUUAACAGCAGCACUUAGGACACACGAGGCAAAGGACCCACCAGGAUUUUCAUCCUUGCAUACAUCCUUGUAUUUGAGAGAGAGCGAAGCCUGAGGUGACACCAUGGUGGAAAAAAAAGGCAAAUCUUAAAAAAUGAAUGACGGGAAUGUUUUGACAGUUACUGAUCAGGCCUGAUGUCUGUAGAACUUAAAUAUAAUACAGAAACAGAUUUCUUGACACAGACUGUUGGUUUUAAGAGACGAGAGAGGAAACAAGAUAAUUUGUUUUUGAAGUGAUGGAUAACAGUACAUGUUUCUAUGGAUCAGGAGCAAAGUGUGACUUCUAAGAGUAGUAUCUUGUAAUGCAGUGAGCGUAGGUCUGGAAUGGUGACGUUUUGUUCAUGGUUUCACACAUUUUCUGGCUACAUUAGUUGUAUUUAGUUACGUGAAUGUUUUCACGUACCGAUUACCAGUCAGUUUGAGACAGCAGGUCUGUGUGGGUUCAGGGUGUAACCUCAAAACAAAACAGAAGCAUGAGGAACUCUUUGAGAUUAUUAGAUCCAACACACCAUUGAACGGCAGAUAUAAACAAUGCAAAAAUACACAGAUGUGAGCUCUCCUUAGAUGCAGCAACUUCUUUAUUCUCUUACAACAGGUAACUUUUGCUUUUGUAUGCAAACCUUUUCUAAUAUUUUACUAUCCAGUUGGUUCAGCCUCACAUAAAUUAGUACCUUAUAAGAAUACCUCCACAAGAAGGAAGACCAAUAACUGUUAUAAUCCUACAGAAAAAGACUACAUGUCAUUUACUCUUUACUUUACUUUUUUUUUUUUUUUUACAGGAUCUUGUUGUAUAUAGUCCCCUGAACAGUUUGACAAUCCUUAACCUUUCUUGAUGUGAUUUUUAGUAUUGUUACAAUAUAAAAACGUAUGCCGUGCCCAUAUACGUGUUCCUGAAAUAACGUCACAGAUACAAUAACAUCCAGAGAAAGUGAAAAAAAAAAGAAAAAAAAAUCUAUUCUGUACAGCAGGUAUGCAGGUAUGCAGUUGUAUGGAAGCCCAUUUCUGCCAGUUAAAAAAAAUGAAAACUUUGCUUUGAUUGAAAACAAAACAGAAAAAAACCCCCAUGGUAAGUCAUAAUUAUGAGAUUUAAAAAAGUCAAAAUAAUGAGAUAAAAAGUCAAAUUUAUGAGAUAAAUGUAAACUUUUUAUCUCAUUAUGCCUUAACUUAAUUUUGACUUUUUUAUCACAUAAUUAUGACUUACCAUGGGAAUAUUUUUUUUCUUUAACUGGCGGAAAUGGGUUUCCAUACAAUUGAUUCUUAUCCGGUGCUAAUAUGGUACUUUAAAAUGUCCAGGGUUGGCAGGUCUGAUAGGAAAUACAAAACAAAAAAAAAAACAUGUCAUGGAGAGCAGCAGCACAGUCUCUGCACUGAUCUGUAAUCUGGACGUGGAGUGCGCUGAAUUUCAGAUCACGUAUCUGAGUUUGGUUUUGUUGGAAAAAAUGUAGCCCCUCGUUCACCGACAGCAUCACGUUCACCUGUGACAGCCUUCUGUGCACAGCCAUGUUAGGUGUAGAGCUGAGCUGCUCCACACAUCAGUUUCUUACUGCUCCGUUUCAGGUCAGAAGUGGGGAAAAAAAAAACAACAACAAAAAAACCCGUCUGUCUGACCCGUCACCGCGGUCGUAAACCGUCACUUCCUCCCCUCUCAUUGGCCGGCUGUUUGUUUGUUUGUGGUGAUGUCCUUGUUUCUGUUCAAUCAUUCAGGAUUUUUUUUUUUUUUUCAACAACAUGCAAGUACAAAUGCUACUAUGGUCUUUAAAGCUAACUGUGAUGUGCAUUACUUCCACUGUUGCUCAAUCUUGUUCAAAGAUUAUUUUCUUUCUUGCAUUGACUGGCAAGCUAAUUAUAGCUCUCAUUUCUUUCUCUGCUGUGACUUUGGCACCCUCUCCUCUCUCUCUCUCUCUCUCUCUCUCCGCUGUCUCCUGCCCUCCGUGAACCUACAGUACUAACAGUUUUUAGACGUCUUGUGGACGCUUGGCUUCAGUGAUGUGUUUUGUUUGUUUGUUCUUUUUUUUAUUUUUUUUUAUUGCACUCUUGAAGAAAAAAGUUUGAAAAGUCGCUCUUAAUUUUUCCUAGAAUGCUUACUAUGAUCUAUGUCAGUACGCCAUCUUUCUACCAUUUUAGUUGCUUCUCUUCUAUUUUAAUCAUUAGUCAUUUUUAUGUGGCAACCUCAAACAUUCGCAGCAUAACGCCAGUCUGAGGAGUUUCAUUGCUUCAUAUUGUGAUCUGAAAUUUUAUACAUGUCAUAAUAAUACUUGAUAUGUACCUAUUAAAUAUUUGGAUUCCAGAAAAAAAAA